AUGAAUGUUGUAUUUGAUGAACAAUCUUUGCUUAAUCCGAGAAGAGAGUUUGUUGUGCAUAUAGGUGAAGAGCAGAGUAAUGGCAAGAAGGUGGAGUUACAAGUUGAAGGGUCACAAGGAGUGCCAGGUGGCACUCAGGAUCAUGCUAUUGCUGAUGAGGAUGAUUUUGAUUUUGAUAGUGGCGUAAAAGGUGAGCAAGAUUACAGUAUAACUACUGGUAGACAGAGAAGGCAGAUCAGGCUAUCUCAAAGAUAUUCUCAUGCAAACAUGGUGAUGUAUGCACUUACUACGGUAGAGGACAUUGAUGGCUAUGAAAUGGAUACUCAGGUAUUUGAAACACUACAAUCCACUGUUGCUUUAUCAACUAUAGAAGCAAAAUACAUAGCAGCAAUAGAAGCAAUGAAUGAGGCCAUUUGGUUAAAAGGUCUGAUCAGUGACUUGGGACUACAGAAAGAUGGAAUCUCUUGUUUGGAGAUUGCGAUUCACUUAGGAGAUUUGGUGGAAGGGGUCAGCUCUUGCAUACCUCCAACAGAGAACCAGCAUUUUCUCCAAACCUGCACCAGUGGUUUUCUCGAAACUCUUUUGCGCCAAGCUUUGCAAAGCAUGAAGAAUCCACGCAAAUUGAUAUUUAUAUCAAGCAUUUUGAUCUUUGUAGUUAUUUUCUCACAUCUAACAUCAACCGCAUCUCAGGAAGUCGAGGAUGAGAGAGAGUUUGAUUAUUUGGAAGAUAGCGGGAUGGGGCCACGUCAUUGGGGAGACAUCCGGAAAGAAUGGGCUGCAUGUAAGAAUGGAGAUAUGCAGUCUCCCAUAGAUUUGUCAAGUCGGAGAGUGAAAUUGAUUCCCAAGUUGGGGGAACUAAAAAGGAGCUACAAACCUUCUAAUGCCACCAUCAAGAAUAGAGGGCAUGAUAUUUUGGUGCAAUGGCUAGCUGAUGCCGGCUCCAUACAGAUCGAAGGCACUGAUUACUCUCUCCAACAAGGACAUUGGCACUCACCUUCCGAGCAUUCCCUCAAUGGCAGGAGGUAUGACUUGGAGCUGCAUAUGGUUCACUUAAGCCAGGACAUCAACAUGAAAAAUAAGAUUGCUGUUGUUGGACUUUUCUAUAAGAUUGGUCGACCAGAUGCUUUCCUCUCAAAGUUGAUGCGAAACAUAACAUCCAUGGCCGAUGAGAAGGCAGAAAUAAAUAUUGGGGUGAUUGAUCCUAUAGAAAUAAAAAUGGGUGGAAAGAGGUACUACAGAUACAUGGGCUCUCUCACUGUUCCUCCAUGCACUGAAGGUGUUACUUGGAUAAUCAAUAAGAAGGUAAGGACUGUCUCAAGGAAGCAAGUAAAGUUACUCAGAGAGGUGGUCCAUGAUUAUGCUGAGAUGAAUGCAAGACCAGUUCAACCACUCAACCGUCGUGAGGUCCACUUAUAUUGUCAAACGUUAAGAAGAACAAAAAACUAAGUACUACAAGAUCACAGAGUAUUCGGAAGAUGAUUUACAAUGUUGAAGCUAGUUAAGUGUAGUACAAUGCAUCUAUAUGCAUUUUAUAAAUAAAAAUACCAUCAGCUUUA